AUGGCCACACAACGGGUGACGAUCAAAGGCUCUGCCGCGGUCCCGGGCAUCUACCGACUCAUCAUCAUGACCCUCGAGCCAAUCUUCGCGGUGCUCGGCGCCGUCAUGGUCCUCCACACGCCGAAUCAGUACCUCGCCGUCAUGGUGCGCAACGCGUUCCCGUACGCGCCCAACACGCAAUUCCUCUACACGCAACUCGGCGGCGGCUGGCUUCACUUCGCCUUCACCGAGGGCGUGGUCAUGCGCGUCUUUGACGACCUCGCGCUGUGGCGCGUCCUCUGUGCGGGCAUGCUCCUGAGCGACAUCGCCUACUGCCACGGCACCGCGCAGGCCGUCGGAGGCUGGGAGGUAUGGCUGGAUAGGUCCACGUGGACCGUGGAAGAUUAUGUCACCUUCUUCACGACGGCGCCAAUGGUUUUGGUGCGGAUCUUGAUUAUCCUGGGUAUUGGGAUCAGCGCCCCAAAGGAGGCAAAGGGAAAGGAGAACGAGAAGAAGCUUUAG